AUGGAGAUUGCAAACUCGAAAGGUCCAGGAGAGUUGUUGAAUUGGAAUGCUAUUCAGAAGAUGAAGUAUUCAUGGUGUGUGGUUUAUGAGGCAAUGAGACUAUCUCCGCCUGGUCAAGGAGGAUUUAGAGAGGCUAUAACUGACUUUUCCUACGCAGGUUUUACCAUUCCUAAGGAAUGGAAGGCUAUAUUUACUAUAUUUAAAUGGGAGAAAGUGAUUCAAUACGAAAAGAUUAUGUACAAAUUGAUUCCUAUCCCAGCCUAUGGCCUUCCCAUCCACCUCCAUCCUCUCAAUAACUAA